AUGCCCAAUAAAAGAGCGCUGGCUAUUCUAGCUCUAUCACGACUGGUCGACUUCUGGCAAAUGGCUUCCCUCCAAUCCUACAUGGUCGAGCAACUCCGCUCCUUCGAUAUCGGCAUCCCAACCGCAUCCCUUUCCUACCAAGCUGGCGUGCUGCAGGGUUCCUUCACGUUCGCGCAAAUCGUUACUUCCAUCCUCUGGGGUCGCGCUGCAGACUCUCCGUAUGUUGGACGGAGGACGGUGCUGCUCAUCGGGCUUCUGGGGACGAGCGUGAGCUGCAUUGGUGUGGCUUUUAGUCGCAGUUUUGUCGAGAUGGUGACGUGGAGGGUGCUUGGAGGUGCUGUGAAUGGGACUGUUGGCGCAGCGAGGACGAUGGUAGCGGAAAGUGUGGAUAAGAGAUGGCACUCGAGGGCGUUCCUGCUGUUACCGGUUGCGUUUAAUGUCGCCAAUAUUCUGGGUCCGGUUGUUGGUGGCGCCCUGGUCCAUCCUGUGUCGACUUACCCGGGCAUGUUCAGCGGCACGCAUGCGUCAAGUCUCUUCGAAGCGUUUCCGUAUGCGCUGCCCAGUUUGCUGUGUACUGCACUUCUCCUUACAGAAGCUGGAUUAGUCGUUGCAUUCCUGGAAGAAACGCUUGCCACAAAGAGACACGAUCGCUCCUUCAUGGAUCAGAUGGCGGACAUGUACCGCGGCAUCAUCACCGUCUUGCGCAGCCGCGACGCACAAAAGCCACACAACGUCUCCAAGAAACGUGGUUCAAACGGGUACCAAUCAGUACAAUUACCAUUCGCAAAGAUCUGGACACCAAACGUACUCUGGACACUUCUCAGCGUCGCAAUCUUCGACCUGCACAUGGGCGCUUUCUCCGGGCUCUGGAUCAUCUUCCUCUCCACGCCACGCACCGCAACAGACCAAAAGACAAGCACUGAUGCCAUACACGUCACAGGCGGCCUGUCUUUCUCACCGUCGCUUCUCGGCUCGUCGCUAGCCAUCCUCGGCAUCGUAGGCCUCGUGCUGCAGAUCCUGCUCUAUCCCUGGGCAAACUCGCGGUUCGGACUGAUGCGGUGUUUCCGCUAUUCACUGCUCAUGUUUCCGAUGGCGUACUUCCUCGCGCCCUACCUCGCUUUACUCCCGUCGGCGACCGCGCCGCCUCAGCCAGCAUCUGGGGCACUGAUUUGGGUUGGAAUCUCGACGGUCCUUACGUUGCAGGUCUCUGCGCGCACGUUCGCGUUGCCUGCCUCCAUCAUUUUGGUCAACAAUGCGAGCCCCCAUCCUAGCGUUCUGGGUACUAUCCACGGCGUUGGACAGAGUGUGAGCUCUGCGAUGCGAACACUGGGUCCGGUGGCGGGAGGAUAUUGGUUCGGACUUGGAUUGGAGAAGGGGAUGGUUGGGUUAGGGUGGUGGGCAAUCGCGAGUAUCAGUGCGCUUGGAUGUGUUGCGAGUCUCUGGGUGAAGAAUGGGUCGGGGCAUGAAGUAGUACUCCAAGAAGAAGAAGAGGAAGGUGACGAUCGAAGUAAGGGCUAG